GUCUCAGAAGGGUUUGAAAGAUUCAGAGGUAGCAAAAGAGGAUCAAUACAACGACGACGUCCUGUUCGUAGAAACUGCUUACAAGACUAAUAUACAACCGGGAUAGCCGAGCAUCCUUCUGCUCCUUCUUGUCUCUCAUCUGACGGACUUUCAGCUGCGUCGCCUUGGAGCUUAUUUGGUGGCGUGCGCACCGCUGAUGAUCUGGGAUAUGAGAACAACUCUUACCACCAUAGCUCGCCAAUCUACUCUCUACUCAUCACGCUGAGGUUGGCUCUCCCUGUCCACCAUGUCCGACUCACCCUCGUCCCACCUCGCCUCGCACAUGGCCAAGCUGAACCCGUUCUCCAAGAAGAACGGCAAAAUCGACAACGAGGAUGCUGGCGACGUCAUCGAUGCCUCGACUGUUGCUGGCGGCGGCCACGCCUCUCGCGAAACCGACAUCACCAAGCACCAGCUCCGAGUCAGCCAUGCCCUCAAGGCGUAUCUGGCACAGCACCAUGUCCUCUCCGAGAAAGAUGCCGCUCUAGACAAUGCAGACCAAGUGACCGAGCCACUCCGUGCGCUCCUCAGCAAGCCGCAUAUCAAUGUCCCGCCCCAUAUCACGGAUCGGUCCCAUCCACUGUCAGAAUACUUUAUCAGCUCCAGCCAUAACACCUACUUGGUGGCUCAUCAGCUUUACGGCACUUCUUCUGCCAAUGCCUACAGGACCGCUCUCAACACUGGAUCGCGCUGCGUGGAGAUCGAUGCCUGGGACAACGAGGAAAACAAAGAUGAACCCAAGGUCACGCAUGGCUACACGCUUGUCUCUAACGUCCCGUUCCGCGCGGUGUGUGAGACGAUCCGCGACGUGAUCGACCAGGAAGCUGCCCAGUCGGCCUCUCAGCCAGGGUACAGAGCAGCCCCCAUCUUACUGUCUCUGGAGAACCAUUGCGAUGCACAUGGCCAGAUGCGUCUCGUCGAAAUCAUGAAAGAGGUCUGGGGCGACCGGCUGCUGAGCAAGGCUGUCCGGCAAAAGGGCCACGAGGAGCAGCAAGGCGCGGGCGACCAAGUGACUCUCGAAGAGCUUGGGUCCAAAGUCGUUCUCAUCGUCGAAUACCAUUUCCCCAAUGAAUCCAAAAGCGAAGACGAAAACUCAAACUCGGAUGAUGAGGAUGAAGAAGCCAAGCAAGCCAGAAAGGCCUACAACGAGAAGAAGAAGGCUGCGCCCACCAUCAUCAUCCCUGAACUGGCCGAGCUGGGCGUCUACGCGCAAUCAGUGAAACCGCGCGACAAUACAUGGUACAGCGAGGCCGGGCUCAAGGAAGCACCCCAUCAUCACCUCAUCAACGUCUCAGAGACCGGCCUUAAAGAGCACAUGCCUGCCGAAAACGAUAAAAUUGCUCGACACAACGCCCGACAUCUGAUGCGGGUAUAUCCCAAGGGCACGCGGAUCUCCUCACGAAACCUCAAGCCGGUGCAAUUCUGGGGUAUUGGAGCCCAAGUCUGUGCCCUUAAUUGGCAGACGUUCGGGGCCAGCAUCCAGCUGAACGAGGCGCUGUUCAGCGGCACAGAUGGAUAUGUGUUGAAGCCCGCGGCUCUCCGAGCGGGCGGAUCUGGCAGACUCAACACCGGAAGGAGGAAGAUACUCCGUCUCCACGUCGCAGGAGCCUCAGAUGUGCCUGUGCCAGAAGGGCGUGAAGCGGGCGACAUCAAGCCAUACUUGACUUGCAAACUCUACCAUCCUGACAUCGAAGAGGACGAUGCUCCGAAGCGUAAGACGGCACACUACAGGCAACACAAGCUGGGGCUGCUGCAUCGAGGUGAGAACCCACCACCCACGGAUCCCGUCUGGGAUGAGGUUCUGCUAUGGGAGUAUGAGGACAACGAGCUGGUGUUCUUGCGUAUGCUCAUCAAGAGCGACGACAGCUUUGCGAUAAACCCUAUCUUUGCCGUUGCUGCAGUGAGGUUGAUGUACGUGUCCCCGGGCUGGAAUUUUAUCCGCAUGCUGGACUUGAAGGGAAGGGAGACCAGAUGCUCCAUUCUGGUCAGAUUCCAGAUUGAGGAUGCGAUAUGAAUAGGGACGUCGGUGUCAAUGCGAGCCCGAUCGUGUGUAUGGCAGUAAGACGCUGUUUACAAGGUGGAUGAGGCAAAGGGAGGCCUCUGGAGCUAUUCAAUAAUGAGAAUGCAGGAUGUUACGAAGGAAGCUAUUAUAGACUGGCUCGACUGUUUGAGAUUUGAUGCGCAGUUGGCCAGAAAGCGCAGCCGCCGCAGUACCGCGCUGCACCACCCACACCUUUCUUAUCGACCGUACCGUGUCCUUUUCACCUCUUCUCUACAGUGG